CCGGCGUGCGUGACUUCCUGUUUACGGAGAGCCGACGGGUCCAAACAUGUUCCAUAGCAAUGGCGGCCGAUCAGGAUUCUGAGCUGCCUAACUUGUCGGAGCUGCUGGAGAAGGGAUGGCUGAUCCUGGAAGAGGUGGAGGGGGCCUCCGGAGCGAUGGGGGCCCGGGAGGUGCAGGACAAGGUGAAGAGAGGUCUGGGGAUGCUGGAGCAGGCCACACGGAUGGUCACCCAGCUGGAUCUGUUCAGUGGUAAUGAGGAUCUGGAGGAGAUCCCCUCGGCAGACGUUCGCUUCCUCCUCCUCCCGGCCCUCCUCGGGGCCCUCACCCUCAAGCAGACGGACCUCAGUAAAAGGUUGCAGCACCUGGAGAUCGCCCGCGUCUACUUCAUGGACUUCUUAAAGAGAUGCCGCAGCUACAAAGUGUCCAACGUAACCCUUCCCCCGGAACACGGGGAGGCGGGGCAAGAGACGCCCAACGUACGUCCGGCCCCGUCCAACCUGACCGCCAUGGCAGUGCAGAGGCAGGCCAAGAUCGAGAGGUACAAGCAGAGGAAGACUCUGGAGGGCAAGCUGUCGGCCAUGAAGGAGGCGGUAAAGAGCGGCAGUGCGGACGAAGAGCAGAUCCGGGAGUUCUACCUCCUGCAGCUGCAGCACUGGGUGUGCAUCGCCCUGGAGGAGUUGGAGAGCAUCGACCAGGAGCUGCCCAUGGUGAGGGCCCGGGAGAUCAUAAAGAAGGGCGGAGAGCUGUCGCAACCACGGCAACCGGCGAGGCCACCGAUGAAGCCCUUCAUACUGACCCGCGACGCCCUUCAGUCCAAGGUGUUCGGUGCCGGCUACCCGAGUCUUCCCACCAUGACGGUAGAUGAUUGGUAUGAACAGCACCUGAGUAAAGGAGUCCUUCCGGACCAAGGCGUGCACAGCAAACCGACAGGUACAACGACACAAUGUGUACAUAAGGCUCGGAACUGGGACAACUGGAGGGACACUCACCCCCGGGGGUACGGGAACCGCAAGAACAUGGGCUGAACCGGGCCGGACAGCACCGCCGCACCCCCACCA